GCACCGUUAGAAUUUGGAGUACUCGACAAGACUGCGCACAAUCUGUGGACCCCGCAAAAAAAGGUGUUUCCUCCAUCAAUUAAAGAAACCAUGACGACUGCUACUUCGCCAAUCCUGUUAAAAUGGGACCCAAAGAGCCUUGAAAUUCGCACCUUGACUGUGGAAAGACUUCUGGAGCCCCUGGUCACACAGGUGACCACUCUGGUGAAUACCAGCAACAAGGGACCGUCCGGUAAGAAAAAGGGGAGAUCUAAGAAGGCUCAUGUCCUGGCAGUGUCUGUUGAGCAGGCCACCCACAACUUCCUCGAAAAAGGAGAACAAAUAGCUAAAGACAGCCAGGAUCUGAAGGAGGAGCUGAUUGCUGCUGUGGAGGAUGUUCGUAAGCAGGGAGAAACGAUGCGUAUCGCCUCAUCUGAGUUCGCCGAUGACCCUUGCUCCUCCGUAAAACGAGGUACCAUGGUGAGGGCUGCUCGGGCGCUGCUGUCUGCCGUUACCCGCCUCCUCAUCCUAGCCGACAUGGCCGAUGUGAUGAGGCUGCUGGCCCAUCUUAAAGUUGUGGAAGAGGCGCUAGAGGGAGUUAAGAACGCUACCAAUGAGCAAGACCUGGCCAACCGUUUCAAAGAGUUUGGCAAAGAGAUGGUGAAGCUGAACUACGUGGCAGCGCGCAGACAGCAGGAGCUGAAGGACCCCCAGUGUCGAGAUGAGAUGGCAGCUGCCCGCGGCGCUCUGAAGAAAAACGCCACCAUGCUGUACACGGCCUCCCAGGCUUUCCUGCGGCACCCGGACGUGGCAGCCACACGGGCAAACCGAGACUACGUCUUCAAGCAGGUCCAGGAGGCCAUAGGGGGCAUUUCCAGUGCUGCUCAGGCCACCUCACCUACUGAAGAGAAGCAUGGUCACGCUGGCAUUGGAGAACUAGCUGCUGCCCUCAAUGAGUUUGAUGUAAGUCACCAAACAUUUUCUUCUCCAAACUACUGAAUAUAAAACACAAUAUAUUUUUAUAACAUAU